GGUAGGUGUCAUCUGGCUGGAUCCAGGGACUCAAGACAGUGCAGAAAUUCUGGCUGUGCUGGGUCUAGGAAGAUUUCAGAAGCCCGGGUGCGAGUGGUGCCUGUAGAGCACAGGCAGGCAGGGGCUGGAGCGAUGGGGGCGAUGCCGAGGCAGAGCGCCGAGCGCCGGGACGAGCAGGGACAGGAGCCCCAGUGUCCCUGGGAUCUCUGCGGGCUUCGGACGUGUCCGCUUGCCGGACUGGCUGAUGAGAAGAGCUGAAGUGUGGAAGUCAUUAACUUCACCCGGAUGGAGAAAUUGUCCCGUGCUUCCACUCCAAAGGCAGCCUGCGGUGGCUUCCUCCGCAAGAGGAACGCCUGCGGUGCUGGCCCUGCCCACUGCCGCUCACCGACCUCGCGGCCGCUUCCUCCUGUCCCCGCUGUGCCCCCUCCGCCGCUCCCUCCUGUCACCCCUCGUUUGCAGCAGCUCACAUCAGCGCGGAGCCGCUGGCGGCUCGCCCGCGGCUCUCCCAUCACCGAUCUGUGCCCCGGGGAAAUCAAGGAGCUCUCGGACAAUGGGGACAUUGUACCCGGGUUCCUGUGCCCUGGCGGGGGAAGGGAGCCGGUCCUGCAGAGCGACAGCCCCGUGUCCCCACACCUGGCAGUUCAUGAACCAGAUGACGGGGGACUGAUGCCGCAGACAUCAGCGCGGAGAGAAGUUUUGGUGGGAGUGAAUUGUGACAGCUUUUGGCUGGUUUUAAAACCAGAAACCAUCAGAAAACCAUCACAAGCUUCCCUGGCUACUGGCAUAGUCGCGGGGCUGUCAGCCACUGGAGAUGGGCAGUGGCAGAACUGGGAGGCUGAUGCCAGGUUUGGAAGUCGGGGCUGGGAGCCCUGCAGUGCCAUGCAGGCUGCACAAUUACAAGGUCAAGACCCGUUUCCCUGCAAGUAAUGGAUGGAGAAACUUCUCAUAGUGUGUAGGCAAUCGGUUGUAAAAACUUCGCUGAGAAGAUUAAUGCAUCAAGUGCAACCUUUGUGGAAAACAGAAAGAAAAGAAUUAAAAUAAUAGUUUGUUUUUUCAUGUUUAAUAUUAAUAACCAAACUUAUUUUGUGGGAA